AUGCGCUCCCGGCCGGCUGGCGCGCUGCCGGCUCUGCUGGCCGCUCUGACACUGGUCGCGGCGGAGCGGUUCGAGCUCCACUGGGCCGCGGCGCCGUCCGCCUGGCUGCUGCAGCCGCCGGCCCCCACGCUGAUCGGCUGCGCGGCCCGCUGUCUCCAGCUGCCCGACUGCCGGGCCAUCCAGUGGACCGACGGCUGCCGGCUGGCCGACGGCCGGGCCGGCGACGGCGCCGCCCUGGUGCCGCUCUACCGCCGCACCGCCGCUGACACCAACACCACUGACGGCGGAGCAGCAGACUACCACAGUGGUGACACCAACACCUUCCACAACACCACUACCGACUACAACAGCACUACCAACGACCACAACAUACACAUCACCAACGACCACAACUUUACCACCAACGACCACAACAUUACCGUCAACGACUUCAACAAUCACAUCAACAACGACCACAAGAGCAUCACCAACGAUCACAACACCACCACGAACGACCACAACAAUGCCACCAACGACCACAAUACCACCAACGACCACAAUACCACCAACGACCACAAAAAUGCCACCAACGACCACAACACCACCACCAACGACCACAACAGCACCACCAACGACCACAACAGCACCACCAUCUACAACACCAACGACCACAACAAUACCAGCAACGACCACAACAGCACCACCAACGACCACAACAGCACCGGAGCCGACAACAACUACAGCAACGCCCACCAUAACGUUCUCGACUCGGACGCACUGGACCGUUUAGAGUCUGCUCUCAGCUCUGACGAGGCCCGUGAGAUAUUCGGUGAUGGUCUGCAGCCGUUCGGCACCAUGGGCGUCAACAUCGAGGGCACGGAGCUGGAGGACGAGACGGCGGAGGAUGACGACGGACACGCGCCCGAUCAGAGCGGAGACCGGGCGCGGCCCGGACGGGGCCGGGGCAGAGGAGCGGGACGCGUCAGAAAACGAGCCCUGGGCACUCGCCGCUCUCAGCGGCACGCCGACCAGACGCUACGCGAACAGGCUGAGCUAAUCCGCUCCGAGAAUCUGAACCGUGAGCGGCAGCAGGCCGCACAGAGCUCUGCCGAACAGUCGGAGGAUAGCAGUAGUGAGAAGGCCGGCCAGCCGCCGCCGGCCACCAGAGGUCGGGGCAGAGGCCGCGGCCGCGGUCGUGGCCGGGGCAGGGGCCGCGGCAGUGCGGCCACCAGCCCCCGCGUGGCCUCUCCCUCCGCUCCUCCGGCGGUCGAGGUGGCGCAGGCGCGGCGCGGCGGCGGCCACUCGAUGCGCAGCUUCGUGCCGGACCCGACCACCGAGGGAGAUGACAGUGAUGAGGAGACCCUGGCCUCGCUGGCGGCACACCGGACCACCGACCAGUCUCCGCAGACAGGCUCUGCGUCCGACUCUGGCGCUGGCCGGCCGCGCCGCGACCGCCGGGUGCCGCUGAAGCUGCAGGACCCGCUGAUGGUGUCACCCGUGGCCUCGUCCUCUGCCGCCGCCUCUCCGGGGAAGCGCAAGGGAGGCGUCAAACUCAUGGUCAAGGGCCUGGACGAGGACGAUGUGGUGGUGGACACGGUUCCUGAUGACGGAGAGGAAGAGGAAGACGAGGACGACCUGGGAGGGGAGGAGGAGGAGGACAGCGACGGCUGGCAGUCGGAGGAUGACCCCGACAAGCUCUGGUGUAUCUGCCGACAGCCGCACAAUAACAGGUUUAUGAUCUGCUGCGACAAAUGUGAAGACUGGUUCCACGGCAACUGCGUCGGUGUCACGCGGGCCAUGGGCGCCCAGAUGGAGGAGGAGGGACGCGACUGGGUCUGUCCGCUCUGCAAACGGAAACAGAAGCAGCGCGAGGCUGCCGAGCGCGAGGCAGCGACGCUCGCCCGGCAGGCGGCUCGCGCCAAGGCACAGGCGGCACACUCGCCGCGGAAAACGGUGCGUCCCCAGCCCCCCGCGGCGCGUCACCAGCCUCCAGCGGUGCGUCCCCAGCCGCCGCCGGCCAAGUGUAUCGUAGCGAGCUGUCGCCGGCCGCCGCGGCCGUCGUCCGUCUACUGCAGCGACCAGUGCAUCCAGCAGCACGCCCGCGACUCGCUCUCCAAGCUGAAGGCGCAGCAGCAGCGGCCGCCGCCGGCGCCGGUCGCCCCCCGGCCGCCGGCGCCGCUGGCCAGCCCGCCGCCCGUCCAGAGGAGCCUCUCCCAGUCCGUGCAACAGAGUCCCGUGCGGCCCGUCCGGCCCAUCAAGGUGAUCAAGGACUUCCAGAGUCAGCUGGACGCCGGCAGUUCUAAACGAGUGGCGGUGCCUCACAGCGUACCACAAGUGCGCACCAUUGUCACCACUACCAUCACCAGUCCGACGGCCGCUGGUGCCGCUGUCACCACCACCGCCACUGGCUCCACCGCCACCGCCACCGUCUCUGCUGAAACUGCCGCCACAGCCACCACUACCAGCGCCACCACUGCCGACCCGGCCCCGGCGGCUUCCACAGCCUCCACGGCUUCCACGGUGUCUUCCCCCGCUGCUGUUACCGCCACCGCGCCAUCAGCGUCAGGGGUGACGCCGCGCGUGGUCAGCAAGAUCGGCCUGUCGCCAGAGGCGCGCGUCAUUGUGUUCGAACGCCAGUCGGGCAAACUGCUGACAGGUUUGAAGGCGCCCACCGUGGGAAACCUGAAAUCGUGGCUGAAAAUGCACCCGAGCUUCGAGGUUCUCAAGCCGGGCAUGCUUCCGACGACCAAGUUCUAUGGUAAGGCGAACGUGAAGACGGUGGGUGCCGCCUCAGCGCAGCAGACGCCACACAAGCCCUCGGUGCACAUCAUCCGGCCGUCUGCCGCCUCCGUUGCGGCCCACAAAGAGAGCUCGGGGUCCCCGGCGCGGCACAAGUCCGUGUCGAGCGACCCGUCCGGCGAGCGGCGACACUCGGCAGGCGGGGGCGGCUCACCGGCACACCGGCGCCGCUCCUCCGGUGGCGGAGAGCAGGUGCCCAAGAAACGGCGGAAACACACCCGUGAUGAGGACGAGCCGCAGCCGGAGAAACGUAUUGUGGAUGUUGACAAGCUGCGGGAGAACGUGAAGAAGACGCUGUGUGAUGUGCUGCAUCGCAGAUGUAAAGACGACAAAAAUGUCGCCAAAGAAAAGGAUGAGAUCCAGAAGCUGGUUACCGAGAUAGAAGACAAGCUGUUUGCGAUGCACAAAGAUGUUAACUUCAAGUACAAAGCCAAGUACAGGAGUCUGAUGUUUAAUCUCAAAGACGAGAAGAACAGAGGACUGUUCAGAAAGGUGUUGUUACGUGAGAUCGACCCGGCCCGCCUGGUCACCAUGUCUGCUGACGAGCUGGCCAGUAAAGAACUGGCCGAAUGGAGAGAGCGGGAAGAGAAGAAGGAACUUGAAGCCAUUGAGAAGCACGAGCUGGACAUGCUGGCCCUGGGCAACAAGUUCCUCAUCAAGACGCACAAGGGCGAGCAGAUCAUUGAGGAGGAUGACGAUCUUCAUCUGAUGGAGGACAAGAACAAGCCGACGGUGUCUGCGUCCGCCGAGGAGCUGCUGCCGCCGCCCGUCGACCAGGAGCCGCUGGUGGAGGACGCGGCGCUAAACGACACCACGGAGCGACACGACCACGCGCUGCACGUGUACGACCCCGGCUGUAGGAUCUGCACCGGACGGGAGCCGCUGGACGCCGGACGGCCGAAACUGGAGAAGUCCGACUCGCGAACCUCCUCCAGCAGCAGUAAGCACUCGUCCAGUAAGAAGUCCUCCUCCAAAUCGUCCCGGCGCCACCGGAGCGGCAGCUCCGAGAGGCGGUCUUCGAGUCGUCACCAUCACAGUAGCAGUAGUAGCAGCAAACGGCACGGCAGCAGCAGCAGCAGCUCGCGUCACCACCACAGCUCCAGCAGCCGCGACAAGCACAAGGAGAGCAGCAGCAGCAGCAGUAAACGGCACCACGACAAGGAUAAGAGUCGUGAUCGGGGCAGGGACAAAGACAGAGAUAGAGACAGGGAUAAGGAUAGAGAAAGAGACAAGAAUAGAGACAAGGACAGGGAUAAGGACAAGAGCAGAGGGAAGGACCGCGAUAAGGACAAGGAGGGCGGUAAGAGCGGUGAGCGGGACAAGGACAAGUCCCGGGGCAGUGACAGUGACAAGGAGCGGCGCCGACACCACUCGGACCGCGACAGGAAGGCGUCUGAGGACACGGACAGCGGCCGGGACUCGGAGCGGAGCCGACACAAGAAGCACCACUCGAGUCACGACUCGCGCGACCAGGAGCGACGGGGGCGGCACGCCAGUGACGCCGCCGAGGAGAAGGAGGAGGACAGGGAGACGAAGGAGGAGGAGUCGGUGCGGACGGCGGCCGAGGACGACGGGGCUGGAUCAGACCGCGACAAGGAGCCCUCUUCCACCGUCACUAUCAGAACGCCGCCGCGGGCUCCUGCUGAGGAACCGGAGCCUGCCGAGCCGUCGCCCCCGCCGCCACCCAAGGCGCCGCCCAAACCGCGCUCCGUGUGGCGCGGCUUCAUCUCUAUGCCCGACAUCUGCAAAUUCUUCACACAGGCAUUCGAGGUGUCUGGCAACUCGUCACAUCUGGCCACCGACAUCCCGGACCGUGUGGAGGUGGUGGGUCGGAUCGCGCCCGAGACAAUCUGGGGAUAUAUCCGACAGGUCCGCAAGUCCAACAAGGAGGUGGUGGUGGUGCGACUCCAGCCGGCCACUGACGAGGAGAAGCUCCACUACGCCUCCCUCUACACCUAUCUCUCCAAGAAGAACCGGCUCGGCGUGGUGGGCGGCUUCUCCAAGGCCAUCAAGGACUUUUACAUCCUGCCGCUGGCCAGCACGGACCCCAUCCCGUCGGCCCUGCUGCCCUUCUCCGGACCAGGACUGGAUGAUCUCCGCCAGCAUAUGUUGCUCGGUCUCAUCCUGUACGCGUCGUCUCGGAAAAGGAAGCACGAGUCAUCCAGCGGCGGGGAGAAGCACAGCUCCUCGCGCAGCGGAGGGAAGGCUGCGCGGCACGCCGCCUCGCCCGAGCCUCCCACGGUCCAUUACGCGCCGACCAAGCCGUUGACGAUCGGCUACCAGCCGGAGCUCAGUGCCUACCAGCCGGGCCACUACGUGCGAGACGUGUCGGCCCCCGUCUCACCACAGGCGCCACCCCCAGCCGAAAAGGAAAAGUCGCCACAACCGCCUACGCUUAACUUCUACAGCUCGAGCCACGCGGAUGGGGAACUCGAGAAGGAGCUGCUCGAGCUCGAUCUCGAGGAAGAACUCGAGGAAGAGGCACUCGACGAGCUCUCGCAUGAGGGUGAGAAGAAGUCUGAGGAGCCAGCGCCGCCGGGGACGGAGAUCCCCGGACUGGGUGACGAUUCGGCUCCGUCGGGGUCGGGCACCGCUCCGGCGUUCCUGCGCUCGCAGCCUCCCGCCGACGCCGAGGCCUACGACCCGGAGCAGCGUACUCCUCCGCUGGAGGAUGAGCCUUACGACCCCGAACAGGCGCUGGAGGAGGACGGUGACGAGCCGUACGAUCCAGGCGCGGCCACGCCGCCGCUGGAUAGUCCCGCUCCGGCGUCCGGCGCCGCGGCCGCCGAGGACGCGGCCCAGGUGCUCGCUGAGCUGAACCGUCGCAUUGAUGAGCAGCGCAACGCCCUCAGCGCCAUGAAGAGUAAUCUAGACGAGGCGGAGGCGCCGUACGACCCGGCCGACCCGCCCGGUCUGAUGGAUUCGCUGCGACUGCGCACCGAGCAGCUUAGUCGGCUGCGCGAGGCCGGCGCGCGAGACCCCAUCAUCGACACGUAUGGCUCUCAGGAGGAGGACGACGACCACUCGGAGCCGCACACGCCGGACAGCGAGCGGCCCGGCCGGCGGCGCACCUUCACCGACGAGGACCGGCUGGUGGUGGCUGAGUCGCCGCAGGAGGCGACGCCGCCGCCGGCCGAGAGCCCGAAGGCCGAGCCUCCGGCCCCGGAGCCGCCUGUACGACCCAGCGACCCGCGCAGUGCCAGAAACAAGGGGAACCUCUCCAAGCUGACCGACUCGGACCUGAUAGCGCGCGCCCAGGCCGAGCUGACCACGUUCAACCCCCUGGUGCCGCCGCCAGGUAUGGUGCCGCCGCCCGGCCCGGUCGGCCCGCCAAUGCCUGGGCCGCCGGGGCCGUUCGGACCGCCGCUGGCGCGCUGGGAGCGGCCUCCGGUGGACCCGCGCGCCGGCCCCUACCCGAUGCACCCCGGCCCGCCCGGUCCUGGGCCGUUCCAGGGUCCGCCGGGGAUGCGAGGACCGAUGCCCGGUCCCCCGGGCCCUCCUCACGGACCGCAUGGUCCCCGCGGACGGCACAUGGCCCGGCCUCCGUACGGCGGUCACCUGGAUCCACGACUGCGGCGCAACUGAGCGCGGCACUCGCUGUACAAACUCUGCGGCAGUUUUACUCUCAUUGUCCGGUCACGAGGAGCCGUGCAAUGCGCGGAUGGAGCACGCUGUGUACGUUCUCGCCGGUGUCGGCCGGCCUUACCCUCCACCCGCGCAUUUAUCGCCAUGGUGGCACGCAUCUCAUAAAUCAUUGUCGCUCCUAGCCGGUGCUAGCAGCGUAGGGGCUGUAUCAUAUGCACAGCUUGUAGUGGCUGACGGCGGGCGUUGGGCGCGUUGGUGUAGUCCGGUGUUUUGUCCCCGGAGGGAGAGUGACGUGCUUGUCCCAGUCAGUGGCUAGGGAUCGCAGACGCUGAGCUUGUAACGUGCUAACCCGCUGUCCCCGUAGAAUAGCAUGUGUCACCGGUCGCUGCGGUGUAAACUGCACUCUGAGACGGCCGUGGCUUCGAUGCAAGUACAGGUGUGCUGGCCGGCGGACCGGCCGCUCGCGCCGUGCAGGGCGCUGGCUGUUGUAUAUGACGUAUUUGCUGUUUGAGUGUACUGUGUGACGCCCGCGGCAGGGCAGUAGUGCCGGCGGCCGCGGCCAAUAAACCUACUCCGGCA